AUAAUUUAAUGGUUUAUUAUAAAUUAUUGUUUUCCUGUGAGACUAAGAAUGUUGAAGCAAUUUCAACAGGUGGAACAAACUAUGAGUAUUUAGAAAUUAAUUAUCAUUUAAUAGAUGGCACAUUUCUUUAGUUUGUUCAAGCUGUUAAACAUAAAUUAAUGAAAUUUAUUUUAGAGGUGAUGAUGAAGUAGAUGUGGCUAAUUCAAGAGGAUAAUGCAAUUUUUAAAUGAAAUGUAAAACAUGUGCAAAAAUGAUAAAUAUUUCUUUAGAGAAAUUUCCAGACACAGUCAAUGUUCAAGAAAUAAGUAUAAUUAUAUUAUUUUAUUUUAAGGUAAGGAUAUUUAGAUUGCAUUAUUUGAUUGCAGAGGUGCUGAACCAAAAACCUGGAAUUUCUAAGGUUUGACAGUAAUAACACCAAAUGGAACAGUAUUUUAAGAUGCUGAUUUAACUGAUACAUGGGUUGAAUAUGAUGAAAAGGCUGCAGAAGAAGUGUUAGUUGAUAAAUUUAAAGCUUAUUUCUAAAAAACAAAGUGAAUUCAUAAGAGU